GGACUCCGGGCCGGGAUAUAACCCCGCCGCGAGUAACUGUGCCUUCGCUGUGCACACCGCUCCGGGCGAGUGUGGCUCCGCGCGGCGCUGCUCCGCGGACCGGAUCCGCGAGGCCAAGGGCGGGCUCCUCGAGAGGGCGGCGGCACCAUGGAGAAGCGAUAUACUUACGAUGAUUAUCAGAAGACGAGCGAAUGGCUUCUGAGCCGCACCAAGCACCGACCUCAGGUGGCAGUCAUCUGUGGCUCUGGGUUAGGAAGUCUGGCCGGUAAAGUAACUGAGGCCCAGAGCUUUGACUACAGCGAGAUCCCAAACUUUCCCCAGAGUACAGUGCCAGGUCAUGCUGGUCGACUGGUGUUUGGGUUCCUGAACGGCAAGGCCUGCGUGAUGAUGCAGGGCAGGUUCCACAUGUACGAAGGCUACUCCAUCUCGAAGGUGACAUUCCCAGUGAGGGUUUUCUUCCUCAUGGGUGUGGACACCCUAGUGGUCACCAAUGCAGCUGGAGGACUCAACCCUGAGUUUGAGGUCGGAGAUAUCAUGCUGAUCCGUGAUCACAUCAACUUACCUGGCUUCAGUGGUGUGAACCCUCUUAUAGGGCCCAAUGAUGAAAGGUUUGGACUUCGUUUCCCUGCCAUGUCCGAUGCCUAUGACCGGGAUAUGAGACAGACGGCUCACAGGGUCUGGAAAGAGAUGGGGCAGCAGAGGGAGCUAAAGGAAGGCACCUAUGUGAUGCUGGCGGGCCCCUCCUUUGAGACUGUGGCAGAGUGUUGGCUGCUGCAGAAGCUGGGAGCAGAUGCUGUCGGCAUGAGCACAGUGCCGGAAGUUAUCGUUGCAAGGCACUGUGGACUUCGAGUCUUUGGCUUUUCCCUCAUCACAAACAAAGUCGUCUUUGAUUAUGAAAGCAAGGAGAAGGUCAAUCACGAGGAAGUACUAGAGGCUGGGAGACAAGCUGCACAAAAGUUGGAAGAGUUUGUCUCUAUUCUUAUGAUGAGUAUCCCACCACCUGCCGAAGUCAGCUAACCAGCCCUGCAGCAGUCCAGACUCUCCCCCAUGGGAUCCACAUAGCUACUACCUGCUUCGGCCCCUUGCUGGGGUCCCGUGCCUCUGCCCUUCAGUAGUAGGAGAAGGGGGAGGGAGAUCCUUAUCCUUCACCUUCCCCAUUUCUCUCACCAGACCCCUCUUGUGCUGGCUCUGCUUUUGCUCAGUUAUCUCAAAGCAGUUAUCAUCCCCUGCCCCCCGCCCCCCGCUUCUUCCCCAAGAGCUAGAGCCCGAGCCCUGCCGUGUCUGUGCCCUGGGUGUCACUUGCGCUGUUGAACUUGGCACAGUAGCUACUGCUGUCCUUUUGAUGGAACACUUUCACAUUCCUGGGGACCGGUUCUGCCUCCUCCAAAGCACUAGAGCCCACACAAGGGCCAGGCCGAUCCAAUACCCCUUGGACUUUUGUAUUUCCCUAUUUUGAGAAUAAAAAGAAGGAUGAAAUAAUA